AUGGCCGACAGUUGCACGGAGCUGGAGCAGAUGAUGUUGCUGCUAGUGGAGAACUUCUACAAGUGUGUGCCCAAGUUAAACCUGGGCAAGGAGGAGAUCAGAAAGAGCGGCUUCCGGGAGAUGCUGCAGAAGGAGCUCAAAAACCUGCUGGAGGCCACUGGGAGCAAGGAGGCGGCCAACAAGCUCAUCCAGGAACUGGACACCGACCACAAUGGGCGCAUCAGCUUCAACGAGUACUGGACCUUGAUAGGCAGCAUCGUCAUCCCCAUGAUGAACAAAAAACUCUACUAG